GAGGAGGGAGCGCCCUUCACUCGGCAUUUUCCGGCUCUUCUCGUGGGCGAUGUUGACGUUGGGCUCGUGGCCGCCUCUCCCAGACUGCUUUAUGUCUGGCAGCAGAAACCAUGCGCGGUCGCCAUAUUACCCGAGCAGCCCUCCCCUCUAGUCCCGUCACAGCAGCAGCAGCAGUGCAGGAGCAGCAGACUACAUACUGAACAACGCUACCGCUGGGGAGGACCAGUGAUACAGCAAAACCAACAACCAAAACGAGGAUUCAGUGGAAUAGUCUGACUCUUUGGCCGCCCAUACUGAGUCAACGCAUUGGAUUUUUGCUACACUGUGAACCGGAUAAAAAGGUCGCGUGUUUCCAUUUUCUUUUCUAGAAUAAAUUGAACAGUUAAAAUACGACUCACCACAGUCUGGUUAGCUAGCCGGUGAUGGAGACUGGCAGCUAGCUAGCUGACGUUAUUCCUGUCAGGCUAGCAUAUAUCAUAAAGCUAACUUACUCAGCAGUUCACUACUUGUUUUCAUUAGCGUCACAUUACAGACACCCACAAUGCUAGGUUGUGUUUAACAUAGACUCAGACGUGAAACGGUGAGAGAUUGCCGGCGAAUUACAACAGGCAUCAGCUGACGUUAGCCUGCAAGCUACUAGCUUCUUGUGCCUCGUUGUCAUCGGAGAGCACUGAAUGGUGUUUGGUAGGCUGUGAAUAUUAGCACAACUUUGUAAACAGCCACUCAACGCCUAGUCCACGUAGUUUUUUUAAAAUUUUUUAAUUUUUGACUGUAUUGCCUGUUGGUAGUUUUGUCAAAACGGCGCCGUUAACGAAUUACAACCUUAUUGCAUACUGUCAGAGACCAACUACCCCUCGGAUUCUGUCGAAAUGCAUCAUCCGGACCCUGCAGGAGACUCUGGCAGUGUUAGAAAGAUGGCGCACCCGGCUGUCUUUCACAGAAAGGGUAGCAACACAGGCAGCGGGAACGGCUCCACGCUGUCAACACCGGCGAACCCGGUGGUCAAUAACAGCCACGUCUCAGUAGAUGAUUAUCAGCCCUCCCUGCUGAUCCAGUGCCAACCUCCUGCUGGUUCAUCCUCUCCUGGUCCCCAUCAUCCUCCUCCCCACAGCCUGAAUCUCCUCUCCCAGCCCCAGCCCACACAGUCAGCCGGAGCUCAGAUGAAAAAGAAGAGUGGUUUCCAGAUCACAAGUGUGACCCCGGCACAAAUAUCUGUGAGUACCAACAACAGUAUUGCAGAAGACACAGAAAGCUAUGAUGAUCUGGACGAGUCCCACACAGAAGAUCUGUCUUCUUCUGAAAUCUUGGAUGUGUCCCUCUCCCGGGCUAAUGAUGUCGUUGGAGCAGAGAGAAGCUCUUCAGAAGAGACACUGAAUAAUUUCCAUGAGGCAGAGACCCCUGGGGCAGUCUCGCCCAACCAGCCUUCACACCCACAUGCACUAAACCAAGCUCAGCAACAUGGUGGUUCAAUGGUGAACGGCCAUCAACACCCUCAUCAGUCUAACCAUGGCCAGGUAUUCUCUCUGUCCUCUGGGUCUGGGAGCAUCCAGGGUGCCCUCACUGCUGGAGCUUUACCUCGCAUCACCCAGAAAAUGCCUUCUAAUGUAGGGGGCCCUCAAGAGAACUUUUCCCAGACUGUCCCUCCAAAUAUUGUUGCUCAGUCUGUUGGGGUUGUGGCCUCUGGAUCUGUCCCUGGAAUGCACAGUUCUGUUACAGGCACUACAGUUAGUAUAGUUAAUCCCCAAACCAGCAGCAUUAGUAAUGUGAAUAUGUUGAGCUCUGCCAAUGUGCCUGUGAGGGGAGGGAUCAGCACGAGUGCUAGCAGUAGCAGUGGUGGCUUUCCUCUCAAUGCUAUAAGCAGUAGUGGGGGGAGUGGAGGUGGCACAGUUGUAGCUGGGGGCAACCCUAUGACUGCUUCUAAUAUUGGCAUGAUUCAGCAACACCAUAACAUCAGCUCAAACAUCACCAUGACUACAACUACUGUUGCUGCUGCUGUUGCAGUCACUGCCUCUGGGGGGAUGGGACCCUCUAGUGUGAAUCAGGGGAGAGUUGGAUCUGCUGUGCUGCAACCUGUGAGUGCAGCCAUGGCCACAACCUCGGUUUCACCUACUCCUGCUCCAGCUCCUCCAGUUACCACCACUAGCUCUCGCUUCAGGGUUGUGAAGUUGGACUCUAGCUCUGAGCCCUUCAAAAAGGGCAGAUGGACAUGUACUGAAUUCUAUGACAAGGACAUGCCAGCCUCUGCUCCAAGUUCCUCUGCAUCUGAUUGUGGGUCCCUCAGCAUGCGUCAGCAUCUCUCUGAGAAUCUUGCUGCAUCCUCAGAGAGGGAAAGCACAAGUGGUAGUUCUGUGAGCAGUACUCUGAGUACACUGAGCCAUUAUAGUGAAAGUAUGUGCAGUGGAGAGGCAGGGGGACCCCCAGUACCCCAGCAUUUCCAGGAUUAUGCCUCCCCCCCUCACGGUUUUCAAGGAAUUCACCCCAGUGGCUUAAACAUGGGAGUAUCACAAGCCCAACCUCACAUGCACACCCAGGAUAUUACCCAUUCACAUGUGAAAACAACUGUGCCCCCCUCAGCUACAAACAUUCAUCAACCUGCUUCCAUGCCAGGCCACCAGAGCACCUCUGGACUCCCUUCAUCUUCUAUAUCCCAGCAGCAGCUCACUUAUGCCCAGGCAGUUGCGAAUCAACCACCUGGUUCAACACAGGGCCUAAUGAGUGUUCAGCAGCAGAAGAUAGUCUAUGCUUCUCUGCCACAGCAACCAGCUGCUGCUCCUCAAGCAGCUUCGGGUCAGGUGAGGCCACCUGAGUACACCCAGACACACCAAGGUAUCUCCCAGGCUGCUGCUUCUCAACCUCUUUCCAACCAACCUGGAUUAGUCCCCUCUGGACCAGCUAAUGUAUCAUCUCAGAUGAUGGGAGGUCCUCAGCCAUCACAGACACUUCUUCAUGCACAACCCCAACAGUCCUCAUCUCUUCAGGCCACCACUUCCACCAUACCCUCUCAUGUUGGUGCAACAGGUCUUGGCCAACAGCCUCAAAGUCACCAUCACCAUCUGGAUUGCCAGCAGCAGAAGCCACAGUCACUCCCAUCGCAAAUUCAAAAUCCAGGCCUAGGAUCCCAACAUCCCACCACAGUCCAUCAAAACCAAUUGUCAAGUGUGCCUCCUCCCAACCCACAAAGCGAUCCACAGUCCCAGCCCAAAACCAACAGUGGGAACAGUGGUAGGAUGCAGGUUGUUCCGCACAGCCAGCCAUCUUCUAUCAGUUUGUCCCAGGACCACAGCAGUGCCCAGGCCCUCGCUCAUGCUGCCCAGGCCAGUGCCCUGUAUGCUAGUUUGCCCACCUUCACCACCACUCAGCUGCAAGAUGCUCAGCGGCUGCUUCUUCAACACCAGUCAGCUCUGUUGGGGCUCCCCAAGUUUUCUGGUGGAGAGGCUGGAUCUGGAUUCAGCACCGGCCAGGGGCAGGAAGCUGAAGGCAAUUUCGCCACCACCAGUGCCUUAACUGCAGCAGUUGGUCUUAAGACUGUAGAUGGAGAGGAUGAUGGUUCAUCAGGAGCCAGUGUUGUUGCCAUAGACAACAAGAUAGAACAAGCAAUGGACCUGGUGAAAAGUCACCUGAUGUAUGCCGUGCGAGAGGAGGUGGAGGUGCUGAAGGAGCAGAUCAAAGAGCUGAUUGAGCGCAACUCCCAGCUGGAGCAGGAGAACACCCUGCUGAAGACGCUGGCCAGUCCAGAACAAAUGGCCCAGUUCCAGGCCCAAGUUCAGACUGGCUCUCCACCCGCUGCUCCCACAUCUGCCGCAGCAGGACCACCAAGCACCACCACGCUCGUGCAGCCCACCUCGCACAGCUCUGGUCCCUCGGCGUAGAGUGUGGUCCGCGCACACACCCACACACACGCAGAUGGACCGACUGACUGUUUCUGAGUUCUGCCAGAGCAGCAGGGCUGAGCCCCGCCUUCUCCAGCUGGAGGUUGCGCUGUCAAGACAAGAAUUUGCACAUAUUUAUCUCCCAGACGGACUUGUGGGACAAGCAGCAAAGACGACGGUCUUAAGAUGCUGCGUUAGGGGUUGGUGUCACAAGAGGAGGAAUCAUUGAACAUUUGCCAAAUUAACCUUGGACAUAUCGACUAGAAUGUCUUACCAAGUGAAAAAAAAAACGGCGUAUCAGUGGCGACAUUAUACAUACCUAAAAAAAAAAAAAAAUCACUGUGCCUGUGUCUGGAUUUUAAGUGAUGUCGGUUUUAUUGAUGAUGGAGGAGCAGGAAGUGGAGGACUGUAUUGGCUGUUACAUUUUUGGCUGAAUGGUGUAAAUAAACGUGGUUCUCUCUCACUCUCUCUAGAGCCCUAUGUUACAUGUUGAGAGAUCAUAGAGAUGGGCAGAGUAAAUCCUUCUCCGAGUGACAAAUGAAGAAUGUUAACAGUUAUUAUCAUGACACAGUCCCCAUCUGGAAUGGGGGAGUCAGGUGGGAGGGGAGGGGAGGCUAUUUUGAACAACACUAGGCAGUGUUGGUGAUGUUACUUCAAAUGUGGGUGGUUGGGAUGAACUAAACAUGGUUUCUUAUGGAGAUGACGAUAUUCUAUUUUCAGUAUUUCACUUUAAAGCUUCUCGUUUUUUGCCCUUGACAGAGCUCAUUGUUGCUGUUUUCUCAACCCCACAGUGGCAUGUGUAAUUUAAACCUUAUUUGACGGGGUUGAGACACUGGGCUACGCUGCAUUUCUUUCCCUCUUACAGUUUGAUGGGCAGAAGAUGUAUAUUUCUGUAUAGUGUAAGUACUCUGUAAAAUAGUGAGGAGAGGGAGAAAAAUAACAGAUGCUAUCUAGGUCGCACAGAUUGAAGUGGGUAAGCGAGUGACGUGCAAAGUCUUGCCCAGUCUGUGUUGUCUAUUUUUAUUGCUGUAUUUUCAGGAUUGUGGAUCAAGUGGAGUUAUAUGACUGACAACCAAUAGCCAAACAGGCUGCUCAUAUCCCAACACAGCAACUCUGACUGUAAAACUUUUCUUUUCUUUUUUUCUUGGCUCCUUUUCUUUGAGUAUUUGCACCUUUUUAUGAACUGUUUCUUUUCUUUCUUUUUUUUUUUAAAGUUUUGACAGUAAAGUACUUCUGGAUGAAAAGUAUCUUAAAACUCAACAUAAUACAAGCCAACUGUGGAGAAGUUUUUUUCUUUCUUUUCUUUUACAUUCUGUGUAUCAGUUGUAUGCUCAUGUCCUGCGCAUGUUUCUGCAAAGACUGGAUAAGAUAUUGUAACAUACAUACUGCAAUUGCACUUGACAGCUGCACUUCACAACUUUCAAUAAACAUGCUUAAGGAAGAAUAA